CCCGACCUGCCCCAGUGACGACCAGCUGGGAAACAUGGAUGCCCCUUGUGGCGUUGAUAAAGGUGACCCUGGCCCUGGGCAAGAUGAAACAAUAUUUGCAGUCACAGAAAAUGAAGGACCGGAUAUUUCAUCUUCCCAACAGGAACGUGUUGAGGACAGAGCUCCAACUUCUGCCCAAGAACUCCCUGGUAGCUCUGUAAAGAGCAAUGCGAGAGAGAUUGCCAUUCAAGCUAACGACUACGACAUAGAAAGGAAUUCCAGUCAUCUUCCUAGCCGAAAAAGAUACAUCCCUUUAAAAUUUAGUGAUUAUCGGAUAUUUGCUGGUGAAGAGGAUAAAGAUGAGGCUGAAGAAGAUGAUGCUUCCUUUGAACCAGAAAAAACUGUAGCUAAGCCGAAGGUACAGAAAAUUCCCUCUGGAAGAGGUCGCGGGAGGCCUAGGAAAAAUCCGCAACCGUUGAAAGACCCAGCGCAAGAGCCGUCGUCAGAAGGUGUGGAAGCCGACGGAGCAGACACAAAGAACCAGAUCGUGAAAGUUCCCUCGGGAUUCAAAUGCUGUGUCUGUGGGAGAAUAUUUUCCUUGAGAGGCAACGCCAAGGCCCACCUGAUCACCCACACAGAAGAGAGGCCGUUUCCCUGCCAGUUUGAAGGCUGCGACAAAAGACUGAGAACAAAAGAGAGUUUGAGAAGACAUCAGCUCAGCCAUAUGGGCAUCAAGAUGUUUGAGUGCUCCGAGUGCAAAAAGAAGUUCAGCUGCAACGCCAGUCUACAAGAGCACAUGGCGCGCCACACUGGCGCCAAGCCUCUGUCAUGUGACAUCUGUGGCCGCCACUUCCGCCAGAUUGCCGUGUUGAAGAGACACAUGACGACACAUUCCAGUGACAAGCCUUUUGCGUGCUCUGUGUGUGGCAGGCGGUUCGCCAUGAAGAUCUACGUGCAGUCACAUAUGAAAACCCAUACAGGUGAACGGCCGUUUAGCUGUGAUAUUUGCAACAAAGCUUUUGCGCAUGCUUCAGAUCUGAACCGCCACAAGAUCAUACACUCAGGCAAGAAGCCGUAUGAGUGUUCGGUGUGCUCCAUGCGCUACAGCGACCCGUCCAGCAGACGCCGACACGAGCGGGAGCACCAGACCAAGCUGCUCUGUCCCGUCUGCAACCAGCAGUUCUCUCGCUCCAGCCUCUUGCGGAUUCACCUGGUCCGAGAGCAUAGCGCGGAGCCGGACGCCUUGUCAUACGAAGUUCAAGUCGUCAGGAAGCCAGAUCAGGAGUCGUGGCCUGACGGGUCCAAAGAAGCCAAGCUUGUGAGGGUUGUCCAGAAUGUUCCGGGCCAGGCCCUCGUUGUACAUUCGGCGGACGGCCGCGCCGAGUCCAGCGUCCAGGAGGCUACAAGGGCCAGCAGCACCGUCCAGUUAUUGGUUGAAGGUCAAAACGUGACGCAGGCCUCCAGUGACAAACCAUCUGAGAUCGCUGUCUGCGCGGAAGACGACUUAUCCCAGCUGGAGCCGGGCUACAUCUACAAGAUCGUGGGGAACGACCCGGAGAACCAGAUCUUUGAGCUGCAGCUGGAGGAAGGAACUCCCAGCUUUCCUCUCCACGAGCUGGCCACCAAAGUCCUGGCGGGUGUGCAGAUUGGGGAGGACACGGUCACGCUCAUCCAGCAGGACGACUCAUUCACCGUGGUGCAGACGCCGCACCAGCAACACGCCCCCGCUGUGUCUGGCGGGGAACACGCCAGUGCAGCAGACGCAGAACACACGGCGUUACAGGAGGCAGUGCACACGAGUUUAGCAAACACAGAACACACUAGCUUACCGAAUGCAGAACACACUGGCUUACCACUACACACAGCGCACACUAGCUUACCAAAUGCAGAACACACUGGCUUACCGCUACACACAGCGCACACUAGCUUACCAAAUGCAGAACACGCUAGCUUACCACUACACACAGUGCACACAAGUUUAACAAACACAGAACCCACUGGCUUACCACUACACACAGUGCACACUAGCUUACCAAAUGCAGAAGGUACCAGCUUACCAAGCACAGCACACUCAGUCUUGCCAGUUGCAGAAUCUCCUGUGGAACUCUCGGACCUCGCCAGCAGCGUCUCCUCACGGCAACCACAAGGUUCUCUCCAUGAGAGCGGUUCCGAUUGUUUGCUGGGGGUGGCGAACGACCUUCAGCAACACGCCCCAGUUGUUUCUAUGUUGGACCGAGCCAGCGCCACUCUCAAACAGGAGAUGAAAGAAGAGAAUUUUGCUGCGGCCAGCAGCGAGGAUGUUGUUCUGAGGGAAGACGACACGGUUUUGCACGUGUCUGGGGAGGGUGGACAUUUCUUGGCUGUGGCUCCGAACCCCAGCCCCUCGCUAAGUGACUCGCCAUAUGUGUUUCAACCAGAUCUGAACAGUCAGGAAUACUACAACUGGCUGUCGGCGUUUGCCGAGGAGUGCAAAGUACUGACCAUGCCUUUGGAAAAGAGCAAGUUUGAAAAAAUUAGCAAUAUUCACAAAACUCUGGUCGACUUCAUGGCUCUGCCUUCUGGUGUUACGUCAGAUAAAAAUAACUUUAAGGUGCUUUUGACGAUUAUGAAAGAAAUGUCGAACGUCAUCAGCAAGCAUUUGUCUUACAUGUAUCAAAACCUGUGCUGAUGACAUAAAAUGUCACAUCCUUUGUAUUUCAAAGUGUGUGAAGAUUGUAAAUUUC